CCUGGAAAAUACGGCAAAACAAAUAAUAAAAGACUCUCUACCUAUUAAAUGUCUAGAGGCUGUCAUCCUGGCUAUUUAUUUGACAAGAAGAAAUACUGAUUUACACAGAUUCACGAUAGCAUUUAAAACAGAGUUUAAUGGAACAAAUUUUAGGCACGUAGUUCUUGGCAUACAAAAUCAAAAUAAGUUUGGGGCGCUUGGCAUAAGCAGACGUGCAGAUUUGAUGUUUAAACCUCUUCAAUAUCCGUCGCUAUCUAUACUCUUGGAAGAAUAUAUAAAAGCGUACGAGAAAUAUUUUCAUAAGGUGCUACGUAUAAAAAUUGGGCUUGUUAUUCCCCAUGAACCGCAUAUUUUGGAAGUCAUACGUUGGCGAGGUUUAAUUAUAUCGCCCUCUCGUUUUCGCUCUCGGAUGGAUAUGAAUGAAGUGAUUGAGAGGUACUCGAAAGUGGUAAGUAUCAAGAGAAUUCUAAAAAAUAUAGGAACGGUUUGGUUUUGUUCGCGAACCGGAAACUUCAAUCAAUAUUUUCCGAACUCUAAUGAGCUCAUUGCUAGAUAUCUUGCACUUAACGCAGUAAUAAAGAGAGGUAGCCAUAUAAGCAAAGAAGAAAUUAAAAUACGGAUUCGCACUCCAAUAUAUUCACACAGAAAAGCGAAAAAGAAAACCAUCGUUCUCCCAGAUGUAGUAAAGCCGCAUCAUAAGGGAAACUGUUGCUCAUUUAGAAGCAAUCACUUCGAAUUGGCAGAACCCGAACCAAGCUACAAGAUUCGAGUAUAA